AUGCGCGUCCGCGUGCGAUCGAUCGACCGCGCGCGCGCGCUCGGAACGGAGAGAAUUGAGGUGCCGGACGCGUGCACGCUCGGUGAGCUCAGGGAGGCGCUCAGGACGUUGGUCGAACGGGAUUUACGCGCGCGCGUGGAUUCAGAGCGAGCGAGCGAAAGUGAUAGAAUCGUCGACGUGGACGCGCGGAACGUGCGAGUGUCGCUGAACGGAAGCGGUGAUCUGGGUGAAGGAGAUCCUUCGAGGGAGAACGCGAGCGUUCGGUCGCUCGGGGUGCGCGACGGGGAUUUGGUGCGGUUCGGAGUUGACGACGCGGGACGCGAAGGACGCGCGGGCGGAGACAGAGCGACGACGACGACGGCGAACGCGGUGACGAAUCGGACGGUGACGACGGUGAAUUCGGAAGCGGACGUGACGAUGAGUGACGGUGAGGGAGAGAUGCCGAGGAAGAUGCGAGCGGUAAUGGAGGAGUGGCGAGGACCGCUCGAGGCGGAGGAGUUGGCGUUCCUGGCGGCGCACGCGCUGAUGCUCGACAUGGGCGCGAAGACGAUCGGCGACGUCGCUCUUCGCGAUGGUUUGGCGAGAUGUGGAUGUUACUCGGCGCGCUACGGCAUCACGGGACCGAACGGGAUGGACACGAUCGCGUGUACCAUGCGAGCGCAGCCGGUAGACGGUCAACUGUCGCUCUUCGGAGCAUUGGAGACAGAUGGCGGUCCCGGUUACGCCACGCUCAUUCGAGCGAUCGAUUACGUCAACGGAGGGAAUCUGACUCCUGAGAGCUGUCGGUCGCUGUGGCAAAAGGUUAAAGAAGGCAUGGCGAACAAGGUCUUUGACGACGCGCGGGCGCACUUUGCUGGCGUCCUGACGCCGGGAACGCUCAUGUCGCUUCCGAAGGAUGUCAAACGCAAAAUCGCAGAAAAGAUGAACGCUUACUCGCUUGCUUACAGUGCGUGCACGUGUAGAGAACUGCGCGAGGUGUGUUCCGACGAAGAACUUUGGACGAAUCUUUUGCAAGAAGAUUUUGGAAUCGACCAAAUGACCGAUGUGCAGCAAGGCGGGAUUACUUCUCGCUCGCUUUAUAACCAGCACGCGAUACGCCGAUCUGCUGAACGGGAGGCGCGAUUGCGCAUGGAAUCGUUCCAUCCGAUGCCCGGUCGUUUACCUCGCCACGGCUUGGAACCAGAUCCCGAACGUGACAUUUACCCGGGCCACCUUCCCGGUCACGUCCCCGGCAUCAUCGGCGGCGAUUACGACAUGUGGCCCGGAGGUCUCAAUCCGAAUCCAACGCCGCGACCGAUUCCCGGUUUCGGUCGCGGAGGCUUAGGUGGACCCGGUCGACCUCGGGGAGGAUGGCCGGGCGGCGGACCUCCGUUUCCGCCCCAGCCUGGAGGGUUGCCUUACAAUCCGGAUCCGGACGCCGACUUGCGUAACCCGCCGGGACGAGGUUUCCCUGGACCACCAAAUCCUGGAUGGGACGGUCGACCACGACCGCCACCCGACUUCUUUUAG